AUGGGGGAACAAAUUCAGGACCAUCAGAAGAAAGCCUGUGAGUUAUAUUACACCAAUGUUUACGCUCAGAGUUUCUCCCCCUGUGGCAAAUACCUGGCGGCUGGUAACAACUAUGGGCAGAUAGCUGUGUUCAGUAUAGUGGCUGCUCUGUCUCCUGAUGCUACUAAGGCAUCCUGGACUCCAGUCUUCUCCUUCAAAGCUCAGGAAGAUUCCGUGUUCUCAAUGGUCUCCACAGACACAUUGCUGAUCUGUGCUGGGUCUGCAGGUCAGGUAUUAGCAUGGAAAUGGGCUGAUAUUCUCAACAAGGCACCCAAGGUUGUGUGGAGCCUUUCAGUGCCUAGGGGGAACAGUUUCACAGAGCCAGAAAUCAACUCCCUAGUUUUAUCCAGUGAGGAUGGCGUGACGCGUUUGUAUGCUGGCUGUGGGGACAACAAUGUGUACAUCUGGGACAUGGAGUCAGGGACUUUACUGAGCCAACUAAAGGGGCACGAAGACUACAUUCACUGUGUGUGUGUGAAGGGAGAGGGGCUGGAGUCGCAGUGUGUGUCAGCCUCUGAGGAUGGCACCAUCAGACUCUGGGAUAUCCGAGCAGGAAGGGAGGCAACCCAUGUGAUAGAACCCUACAAAAAUGAGCUUUGUGCUCGACCAGAGUUUGGGCGUUGGCUAGGCUGUGUGGCUGUGGAUCCCAGUGCUGAUUGGCUGAUUUGUGGAGGAGGCCCUAAACUCUCUGCCUGGCAUCUCCGCUCUCUUUCCUCCACCACAGUUUUUGACACGCCAGGAGCCUGCCAACAACAUGUCAUGUUUUAUGAGGAUACAAUAAUAUCAGGUGGGAGUGAGCCAAGGAUUAACCACUGGUUUGUUAAUGGUGAUGUCAAAGCUCAGGUGCCCUGUAGACCAACCAGCGUCUUCAACAUUGUCAUCAACACAGAGUCACAGAACCACAAGGUUCUAAGUGUGGCAGGCUGCAGUCCUAAGUUGGAUGUGUGCACGAACUUUGGCUACACAGCAUUUUCACUGACAUUUGCUUCGACUUGAGCGUUCAUCUUUAUCGUUUCAUCCUCAUUCUAUGUACAUACAAAUGUCAUUAAACCUUUGUACAA